AUGGCGUCGCCUUCCGUUCCUGGCGCUGCAUCUCAGCCGUCUGAUUUAGAAUCCGGUCCGCCUCCCAUCGUUCUCCCCGCAAAUGCAGCAUUGCGGUCCCCUCCCCUUCCACCGCGCUCCGCCACUGUCGGCGGUCGUCCGCCGCUCCCCCCCGCCUCCUUUGAAUCAGGGUCGGAGGGGCCCUCCGCGGCCGCCUCUCCCGCCCGCGGCGCGCGUUCCCCCGCCGCAGCCUACACUCCGCGCCCCUCCGCGUCGUACUCGCCGCCCACGUCCGGCGGAACCGGCUACUCCACGCGCCCCGCGCCGACCCCGCGCGCGAUUCUGCUGCAGCGGUCGCGGUCGGGCGUGCUGAUCGGCGCGCGGUCGUUCGGCGGAACGCAGCUGCCGUGGGAGCCGCCGAAGCGCAAGCCGCCGCAGCACACGGCGGAGGUGGGCGCGAGCGACGCCGUGGCGCAGAGCCUGGACUACGAGCUCGCGGAGUCGGAGGAGGCGAGGCAGCGGACAGGCUGGGGCCAAGUUAGAAGAGUUGGAGGAGGCGGCGCGGUGGACAGGCUGGGGCUGUGGAAGGCGAUAGCGUACACAGCGGCCAAUUGGGCUGGAGGAAUCGGAGGAAGCGCAGGCGGCGGACAGGCUGGGACUGGGGGAGGCGAUGAUAGAGUACACGGCGGGCAAGUGGGCGCUCCUGGUGCUCAUCGGGUGCAUUUUGGACAGAUUCCCCUUGCCUCCCUCUCCCCCUAUCUUCUUCCCUCUUCCUCUCUUCUUCCCCUCUCCCUCUUCCCCCCUCCUAGAUUAGAGGAAUCAGAGGAGGCGAGAGCGGCGGAUAAGCUGGGCCUGGGCGAGGCGAUGGAGUACACGGCAGCCAAGUGGGUGCUGGUGCUGCUCAUCGGGUGCAUGACGGGCGGUGCGGCCUUCCUGAUCAACAUGGUGGUGGAGAAUGCCAUGGGGGUCAAGCUCGCGCUCACCAUCGAGCUGCUCAAUGGGGGGAGCCCAUUUCUGGCAGUGCUGGUGUACUCGUUACUGAGUGCUCUGCUAGUGGCAGCAUCAGCGGCACUCUGUGUGUUUGUGGCGCCAGCAGCAGCGGGGUCGGGGAUUCCCGAGGUGCGGGCAUACCUCAACGGCGUGGACAUGCCACAAGUGCUCUCGCCACUCACUCUGCUCGUUAAGGAGUACCUUGUAAGUGCUCACCGCACUCACUCAGUGGCAAACAGCCUCACCGCUUCCCACCCCUCUUCACGAACCCCCCUCUCUCUCCUUCAGAUACUAGGCAGCAUGUGGGCAGAGGAAGGCGGGCUAGCCCUGGGCAAGGAGGGGCCGCUGAUCUUGGGCAGCAUGGGGGCGGAAGCGGGCGGGCUAGCCCUGGGUAAGGAGGGUCCGCUGGUGCACAUCGGAGUCAACUCAUUCUCGCCACACUCGGUGGAAAAUAUCGACCACCGCUUCCCACCCCUUUCCACGCCUCCCCUCUCUCUUCUGCAGAUAUUGGGCAGCAUGGGGGCGGAGGCCGGAGGGCUAGCGCUGGGCAAGGAGGGUCCGCUGAUAUUAGGCAGCAUGGGGGCGGAAGCAGGAGGGCUAGCGCUGGGCAAGGAGGGCCCUCUGGUGCACAUCGGCGCCGCCAUCGCUGCUCUCUUUGGCCGCGGCUCCAUUCGUGACUGGCUUGCUCGCCGGGCUGCCGCGGGUACAUCUGGGGGUGGGGAUGCAAGCGGGGGUGGCGGCCCGGAUGGAAAGAAGGAGGCUCCGUUGCGGGCAGCAGCAGCAGCAGCAGGGACAGGAGGAGUGUCUGAGCCGCUGCUUGCACAGGGUACCACAGAGACCAGCACGGCCAGGGGAGGAGCGGGAGGAGGAAGGGGGAAGGAGGGGGAGCGGCGGCAGUGGUGGCUGCUGUAUUCGGACUGGCUGCGUUUCUUUGACAACGACCGGGCGCGUCACGACCUCGUCACUAUUGGUGCCGGGGCCGGGGUGGCCGCUGCUUUCCAGUGCCCCUUGGGGGGGAUACUCUUUGCUCUCGAGGAGCUCACCUCCUGGUGGAAGAAGAAGGUGGUGUGGAAGGCGCUUUUCACGAACGCAGUGGGCGCCUGCGCUGAGGGCGCUCAUCCCCCCAACCCCUCUCAACCCCUCUCAACCCCUCUCAACCCCUCUCAACCUCUCUCGAUCCCUGCAAACCCCUCUCAACCCUGCCCAACCCCUUGCAACCCCUCUAAAUCAACCAGGUGGAAGAAGAAGGUGGUGUGGAAGGCGCUGUUCACGAACGCAGUGGGCGCCAUCGCACUGAGAGCGCUCAUGGCCGCAUGCGAGGGGGGGCGGUGUGGGCUGUACAGCGAUGGGGGCUUCAUUCUCUUCGAUGCCCAGAGGGAGAGCGACUUCGGGUUGAGGGAGCUGCUACCUGUGUUGGUGUUGGGCAUCACAGGGGGCCUCGUGGGGGCGCUCUUCAACACCGCUGUCGCCCGCCUCGCCAAGCUGCGCGCCAAAUACAUCAACCCCUACGGUCCAUGGUGCAAGGUGCUAGAGGCAGCACUCAUCGCCAUCCUCACCUCCCUUGCCCGCAUGGCCCUCCCCUUCGCAUCGCGCUGCCUGCCCUGCCCGGAAAACGAUGUCUGCCCGGACCCCAGCCUCAACGGCAACUACAUUGCUUUCACCUGCCCGGCGGGCAGCUACAACCCGAUGGCCAGGCUGGCACCCACCACCAACGACAACGCCAUCACCAACCUCUUCUCCAGCUCGCCUGCUCAGUACACCUCGCUCGCCCAGUACACGUGCAUGUUUGCACUCUAUCUGAGUGUUACACGAGAAUACUCAAAAGCAGCAGGGCUGGUGUUUGGCCACCACCAUACCAGCGCUAUCUCGCCAACCUCCUUUCCAUCUCGCCUGCUGAGUUCCCGCUGCACUCACACCCGCCACUCGCUGCACUCACACCCGCCACUCGCUGCACUCACACCCGCCACUCGCUGCACUCACACCCGCCACUCGCUGCACUCACACCCGCCGCUCGCUGCACUCACACCCGCCGCUCGCUGCACUCACACCCGCCGCUCGCUGCACUCACACCCGCCGCUCGCUGCACUCACACCCGCCACUCGCUGCACUCACACCCGCCACUCGCUGCACUCACACCCGCCACUCGCUGCACUCACACCCGCCACUCGCUGCACUCACACCCGCCGCUCGCUGCACUCACACCCGCCGCUCGCUGCACUCACACCCGCCGCUCGCUGCACUCACACCCGCCGCUCGCUGCACUCACACCUGCCGCUCGCUGCACUCACACCCGCCGCUCGCUGCACUCACACCCGCCGCUCGCUGCACUCACACCCGCCACUCGCUGCACUCACACCCGCCACUCGCUGCACUCACACCCGCCACUCGCUGCACUCACACCCGCCACUCGCUGCACUCACACCCGCCACUCGCUGCACUCACACCCGCCACUCGCUGCACUCACACCCGCCACUCGCUGCACUCACACCCGCCACUCGCUGCACUCACACCCGCCACUCGCUGCACUCACACCUGCCACUUGCUGCACUCACACCCGCCACUCGCUGCACUCACACCCGCCACUCGCUGCACUCACACCCGCCACUCGCUGCACUCACACCCGCCACUCGCUGCACUCACACCUGCCACUCGCUGCACUCAAAACUGCCACUUUCUGUGCUUUCAUGCGUUCAUUCAUUCCACCAGCUGCCUCCCACCCACACUCGCCCUCUUCUCCCUUCUCUUUUUUCCCCCUCACUGCCCUCGCCCCCCUCACUGCCCUCGCCCCCCUCACUGCCCUCGCCCCCCUCACUGCCCUCACCCCCCUCACUCCUCACUUUCCUCCCAACCCCUCCCCACCGCAGCCACGCCACGCUGGCGAUCUUCUUCCUCGUCUUCUUCUCGCUUGCCAUUAUCACCAACGGCUGCUCCGUGCCGGCUGGCCUGUUCGUCCCACUCAUAGUGGCGGGCGGCACGUACGGCCGCAUGAUGGGCAAGCUCAUGCGCUCACUCACCUCCUCCACCUCCCCCACUCUCUCAUCGUUCCUCCUCCCCUCCCUCACCUCUCCCCUUCGGUCGGCCGGGCUACUCUUGUUCGGAGAAUCUGGUUCUGACACGGGAUUGGACGAGGGGACAUACGCGCUGCUCGGCGCCGCGUCCCUAUUGGGCGGCUCCAUGCGCAUGUCUGUCUCCCUCUCCGUCAUGCUUCUAGAAGUUACCGGGAACCUUCUCCUCUUGCCGCUGAUCAUGCUCGCAACAACCAUCGCCAAGGAGGUGGGGGACUGUUUCAACGAAGGGGUGGUUGACGAGGCGAGCCACUUAAAACGCCUGCCCAUGCUGGAAUACCCCCCGCCCGAGUUCAUGAAAAACCUAACAGCAAUAGACGGUGUGCGGGGCCCGGCUGUAGCGCUGAAGAGUGUGGAGCGCGUGGGAGAGGUGCUGAGAGUCCUGCAGACCACCACCCACUCCGCCUUCCCUGUUGUGCAGAUAGUGGCUACGAGGGAAGGGGGGAAGCUGGGAGAGGGGGAGAAGGAGGGGGUAGGUGAGGGGGAGGGGGAGGGGGAGGUGCAGGCGGUGCUGUACGGCAUGGUGCUGCGCUCCAAGCUGCUCAAGCUGCUGGCUGAUAAGUCCGCCUUCCAGCGCGGCACUCUCUGCACCGCUCGCACCAAUCCCCUUCACAAGCUCCCUCUUUCUACCAACACUGCAGCUGCCGCUGCAGCUGCUGCUAUGCCGGAACCUAGAGCUGGCCAACGUACCGUGCGGUUUGAGGGUGUGCCGGUCAGUCCACAGGCGACCAAUGGGGACACGCCACGUGGCACAGCUGAAGGUGCCUAUGCGGAAGGGCAGACACCCGGGGGAAGACUGGCGAAAUCUCUGUCCCACAAGCACCGCACGGCGACCGCGAUAGUGAACGUUAAGAAGACGCCUUGUAUCGAGGAUAUCGAUUUGAGUGUAGAGGAGCAGGACAUGUUCCUGGACCUGCACCCCUUCUCCAACACCUCCCCCCACGUGGUGGGCGAGGCCAUGAGCCUGCGCAAGGCGUAUGCCAUCUUCCGGCGAAUGGGGCUGCGCCACCUGUGCGUGGUGCGCGAGUGCAUGCAGGUGGUGGGUGUGCUGACGCGCAAGGACCUGCUGCCCCACUCGUUUGAGAAGCAGCAGCUGGAUGAGGAGUGGGACGACGACGACAGCGACAGCGACAGCAGCGACGAGGACGAAGAGGAGGGUUCAGUGUGGGAAAGUGGGGUUUUUGCGAGGGAGAAUGGCGGGGCAGGAGUGAGUGGUGGUGGUGAGGGUGGAGCGGCAAUAGUGGACCGUGCGGUUGUCGCGGUGGCGAGUGAUGGGGACGAGAGUGGGAGGUGUGGGAGCGGUCAUGUGAGUGACGGUGAGGGUGGUGGGCGGCUUGGGAGCGGGCAUGCGAGUGACGGCGAGGGUGGUGUGAGAGGCACUCCAAAGAGGAGGAAACGAGCCAUUCCUUCUUUCAUCUCACGCUGUCAUACACAGAAGUACCACUGA